GUAUUUAGAGGAUGACGAUAACACAGAGCUAAAGGACCACUGUGAGAGAGUGAGGGAGCGAAAGACAGAGAAGAGAGAGAGAGAGAGAGAGAGAGAGAGAGAGAGAGAGAGAGAGAGAGAGAGAGAGACUGACCGGUGGAGCUGCUUUUAGAGGAAAGACGUGGUGACACAGGACCGAUGCGUAAAUGGCCGCAGCGCUCAGAAGAGGACCCUGCGCAUGAGACAACCUGUCCACCAGAUGCGUCCUAGAGAUUGGGACCGAAAUUCGUCAUAAAUCAUUGACGUUUCAAACCACGGGAGUUUUCGUCAGCUUUGGGAAGGUCUCCUCAUCAAAGGGUUAUCAGCAUGGACGAGGACAACCAAGUACCUGAAGACCUGUCUGGGGAGGAGCGAGAUGAGCUGUCCAAUAUAAGGCGCAGGAAAAAAGAACUGCUCGAUGACAUUGAACGGUUGAAGUUCGAGAUUGCAGAGGUGAUGACGGAGAUUGAGCAGCUAACUUGCGUAGGAGAGAGCAAAACCUCCCAGAGAAACAAACAGAUCGCCAUGGGGAGAAAGAAAUUCAACAUGGAUCCCAAAAAGGGCAUUCAGUUCCUCUUGGAGAACGACCUUCUCCAGAACACUCCAGAAGACAUUGCCCAGUUCCUGUACAAAGGCGAGGGUCUCAACAAAACGGUGAUUGGGGACUAUUUAGGAGAACGGGAAGACUUCAACAUCAAAGUGCUGCAGGCGUUUGUGGAGCUGCAUGAGUUUUCAGACCUUAACCUUGUCCAAGCAUUAAGGCAGUUCCUCUGGAGUUUCAGGCUGCCCGGUGAAGCUCAGAAGAUUGAUCGAAUGAUGGAGGCUUUUGCCUCCAGGUACUGUCAGUGCAAUCCCGGCGUUUUCCAGUCCACAGACACCUGCUAUGUGCUCUCAUUUGCCAUCAUUAUGCUGAACACCAGUCUGCACAACCCCAACGUCAGAGACAAGCCCCCCGUGGAGCGCUUCAUCUCCAUGAACAGAGGGAUCAAUGAAGGGGGGGACCUCCCAGAGGAGCUGCUCAGGAAUCUGUAUGACAGUAUCAAGAGUGAACCUUUUAAGAUCCCAGAGGAUGAUGGGAAUGACCUGACACACACAUUCUUUAACCCUGACAGAGAAGGAUGGCUGCUCAAACUGGGGGGCCGGGUGAAAACCUGGAAGAGGCGCUGGUUCAUCCUGACAGACAACUGCCUCUAUUACUUUGAAUACACAACGGACAAGGAGCCUCGUGGGAUCAUUCCUCUAGAAAACUUAAGCAUCAGAGAGGUGGAGGAGCCCAGAAAACCAAAUUGUUUUGAGCUGUACAAUCCUAAUCACAAAGGCCAGGUGAUCAAAGCCUGUAAGACAGAGGCAGACGGACGUGUAGUGGAGGGGAACCAUGUGGUGUACAGGAUAUCUGCUCCGACGCCAGAGGAGAAAGAAGAGUGGAUUAAAUCUAUUAAGGCCAGCAUCAGCAGAGACCCCUUCUACGACAUGUUGGCCACCAGGAAGAGACGUGUUGCCAACAAGAAGUGACAAUCUUUCUCAAACCAGGUCUCUUCACUGAUGUCACCCUCAUCUCCACGGAAACCUGUCAUCAAACUGUCCUCUACAGAGUCUUAUUGAGGAACAUCACUGUGUGGGCUUCUGUCAUGACCAGGACAGUGGCCAUGUUUGCAUGUGGUGACCAUAGACUAUGUUUGUUUGUGAAUGACGUGUGCAUGCUGUCAGUGCACAUGGCACUUAGUGUGAUGCACCUCCACUGUGCUUUAUCAGAUAUAAAGGUGCAGUGGAGAUGACUGGUGGACAGAUGUGUGACAGCACCCUUUGACCAUGUCACUCUGAGGGUCUCUGCAGGUGUCAUGGCGCCAGAGUAACCUCAAAAACAACAGCACUGGCUCAGGUUCAGGUUUAGUGUAGACGUCAGCUGGGCUGAUUUAUGUGUUUGUGAAAAGUGCACACGUUUUAUAUUAGUUCUAUAGAUAUGGGACUUUUGCAGAGGCUGAGGAACUCCCUUGGUGGACUAAGGGGUUUUUCUGUGGCUUUGCUUUAGCCUAAUGGGUACCAGUCUAAUUAAGCUCAUUUCUCCCUCGUCUUUGGCCUGUGUCAGUGAAGGUCAGCGUAUUGUUGUAACCUAGUUUGUAUUUGGUUUGUAAUCCUUCAGUCGAUUGCUUGCUUUUGUGUUCAUCUUAAUAUAAUAUAACCAGUUGUUGAUUUGUAUUUAUUUGCUUUGUGAAAUGGUUUAUUCCCUGUAAAUGUUAUUCUACACUUAAGUUAUGUGUGUAUAUAUCAUGUAUAGGUUUCUGGUCUCUGUUGUAGAAUGCACAUGUGGGACAUGUUGGAGCCAAUUGGCAGAAGUUGCAUCAGCUGAUGUUUGGGAUAUUCUUACUAAGCCUUAAACCUAAUCAUACAAAUACAUAAUAUGGAAGAGAUUGUUCUUGUCAUUAAUAAGCCAUGACUGAUGUAAAGUGGUUAUAUUUAUGAAGACUAUAGAAAAAUAACUGAUGCAAUGUUUAUAAUAUUAGCAAAGUGAUAUCUAAUAUUGAAGAUGAUGUCAAACUAUAAAGUAAACUGUUAGUUUUCUAUGUGUGAUUUGUAAAAUAAAUGAACGCCUUGUGUCUAAGGCACAAUAUUGUACUGCCCAUGUGGGCAAUUGUUAUUUUAUAUUCUGUAAAAUCUAUUGGUAACAUUGCACAUGACAUGUAUCUACAUAAAGAAUAUAUAAUGCCAA